AUGGCCGUCUUGGCGACCCGUCCUGUCCUCUCACCCGGCUCAGGAUCAACUUCCUCCGGGGGAAUAUUCCUCUCCGACCCGAUCUACAACCCCACAACCACCAGCCCUCAUCCAGACUCCCCCUUCCCGCGGCUCACCACCACCGGACUCCUCAACCCCUUCCUACCCGGCUCAGGAGUCCCAUCCGGUGGCUUGGGAUUCACCAACACACCGGUGUUUGGAGAUCGAGUCAUUUCCACCACUGCAACCACAACCAGUGAGUGCAGAAUGGUGGAUGUACACGGAGUAAAAGUAGCCUCUUUCAGCGUCGGAGGACAGGACGAGUUGAUUUGUCUACCCCAAGUUUUUGACCUCUUUCUAAAACACCUCGUCGGCGGGCUUCAUACCGUUUACACCAAGCUGAAACGCCUGGAUAUAUGUCCGGUUGUGUGUACUGUGGAGCAGGUCCGGGUCCUGAGGGGGCUCGGUGCGAUCCAACCGGGAGUCAACCGCUGCAAGCUCAUCUCCAGGCGAGACUUCGAGGCGCUCUACACUGAUUGCACCAUUGCGAGGUAG